CUUUCGUGUAAAAUGGGGAGGCAGCUUGUGAAGAGGCUGUCGUUGUCUACGUAUGCACUACCAUCUAUGUAGUCAGAGAAGGAAGAGAUAGGUUUUUUAUAUGAGGCACCUUUUCAUGGUACAAUCGUGAGGAAUAGUCCGAGAUGGGUGCGGCUGACAUGUCCGUUAUGAAAUUAGACGUUUCUUGUCGAUAGGUGAGUUUGGGUGGGAGAGAGGGUAUGCAUGGAAGUGUAUGUGAAGGUAAGAGUAGCAAGGUAGAGUAAUUGUUGAUGUUUAAAUCCAAAUCUAUGAGGGUACCAUACGUCGAGUACUACAACACUCCAUUCCUAUGCUCCAAACUGGUCUACCCAAUUGUACGUGCUCGACGCCAUACCAAUCCAACAGCUACCAAGCCCAAGCGCAACAACCCAGGAGAAGAAGACUUACCCGUAUAUGCGUCCCUUGCAUUUGGUUCAUCUCCCGUUCCCCACGUUCAGGAAAACGGUCGACUAUCCAGGCGGCACCACGGGGAGGCGCAAGGGUCCGACUUCUACCGCCCAUCCACCUCUUGCGAUCUCCCAGCGCCGAAACGCCCGAUCCAGUAUUCUCCAGACAAGCUUUCGCAGCACCUGUCCCGCUUUCCUAUCCUUUCCUUCCGAGUAAAGCGUCUGACGAAAAAAAGACGACGAGAGAACGCAUGCACAAUCGUAACGGACAUGUUAACGGACAGAGGGACGCGCGGCGACGACGAUAACGACGACGACGAUGACGACAAGGGACAAGUCUAA